AUGCCGCGAGAUGGCACCAUCACUGUGGCUCGCGGCUUCAACACGUUCAACAAGAAAACUGCUGCACCUCAGGUCACAUACCACAACGCGGCGUUUGAUCGAGAUCACCACGCCCGCGCGGUGGUUACAAUUUGCGGUGCAAAUUUCAAGAGCGAGGACGACAUGGCCAAGGCUCUCGGUGCUGCCGCGUGCCCAACCAAAGGCACUGACAGCGACCGGGCCCCGAUUGUCAAGAUCGAAUUCAUGAGCUGUGCCUUCCUCGACAUCACCACUUUGAGGCGCUUGAAGGCGCUGUUCCCUCAGUUGAAGGAUGUAGAAGUCCAUGACUGUGCGGCUUUUCCAUACCAUCUCUUCGCCGCGAAGCCCGACCCGCCAGCUGAGAACUUUCUCCCGGCUUUGAAGUCGCCGUACCUCCACCAACGAUCGAAGAACAGCUUGGAAAGCUCCCCUUCCGCCGCCUCGACUUCACGUUCUACGAGCCUCUACGGCAAGGACCACUCGGAGCCGACACAAAGGAUGUGCCCACCAGAGCCAUUGAAUCGAUCAUAUACCCACGAGACGCGUCAAGAGCGUGGAGACAAGGACCAGAACAUGAGAAUCUGGCAAAUGGCGCGAUUCGCUGCCGGGGAGAAGAAUCCACUUGAGCUUCCACCACGUCCUGAUCGCCUAUCCUCCAGCUUUCACCAGUCUCGAGGACUCAUGUGCAACAAAUGUCGGGUUCCACCUCAAGUUGUCCUCAACAACCGCUUCAAUCAUGGCUUCGAUCCAACCGAGCCUGCACGCCUCAAGCAUCCCAAGUCGGCCAAGGAGGAAGAUCAGCCGGUUUUCUCACAGGGAUUCCUGCGGUCGGUCUGUGAGGAGCUCAAAGCUGGGCGGACAUCUGGUCCCGCGGCGUUGAAGAUUCGUCGCCUCGUCGCCGAGAUCAGCUGCCGGUGA